AGGAAGGAAGGAAGGAAGGGCGCAUCCCGGAUAGGAAAGCUAGCUGGCUAGCUCAGCCCAUCCCAACUCAACUCAACACAACCAUGGCAGUAAACCUGAGCAAAAAUGGACCCGCGUUAACAGCGGCGUACAAAGAAGUCGUUAAUGAAAAAUCCGAUACCAACUGGGCCUUGUUCACCUAUGAAGGAAACAGUAAUGACAUCCGCCUGGCAGAAAAGGGAGAUGGUGGAUUGGAGGAGAUGGUUGAGGAGCUAAACAGUGGAAAAAUCAUGUAUGCCUUCUGUCGGGUCCAGGACCCAAACUCCGGUCUCCCUAAAUAUGUCCUCAUCAACUGGACGGGGGAAGGAGUGAAUGAUGCCAGAAAAGGACUUUGUGCCAAUCAUGUGAGCUCCAUGGCAAACUUUCUUAAGGGGGCCCACGUUACAGUAAAUGCCCGAGCAGAUGAGGAUGUCGAACCUGAGGUGAUCAUGGAGAAGGUGGCCAAGGCCUCCGGAGCCAACUAUAGCUUCCACAAAGAAACCUCCAGCCGCUUCCAAGACAGCGGCCCUCAGGGUCCCGUGGGUUCCGUGUACCAGAAGACAAACGCUAUGUCAGAAAUCAGGAAGACCAACAAGGACACAUUCUGGGCACAGGCGGAGAAAGAGGAGGAGAGGCGUCGCCUGGAGGAACGGCGCAAAGCAGAUGAAGAGCGCCAGCACCUGGAGAAAGAGAGGAAAGACAGGGAAGUCAAGGAGGCAGCACUGAGGGACCAACGGGACAAGGAGAAGGCCGUUCAAAUUGAGCAACAGAAGAAGUACCAGCAACAACAGGAGGCUGAGCGCAGAGAGCAAGACAAACAACGCUGGGAGCAGCAGGAGGAGAUGCAGGCAGCCCAGAAGAAAACCAUCAGACGGGGGGAAUCUGUGGAAAAGGCCAAUGAGGCAGCCUCCCUCAUCUCUCAGCGAGCUAUGAACCCCAGAGACAUGUUCAAGCAGAGAGAGAGGGGAAUAACUCCCAGUGAUUCAAAUGUGCCCUCUGCUGCCCCUGCUAGCCCCCAGCCAGGGCGUCUGCAAAGCCCUUUCCUAUCUAAGUAUGAAAGCGAGCGGGCCAGCUCCCCUCAGCGCCAAGCCUCCCCCGUGCCGGCAGGCUCCGCCUCCCCUGUCCAUGCUGCAGAGCCAGAUCUGGAUGAUGGACAGUCCAGGUGUGAGUAUGACGCGCCGGAGGUGGCCCCCGAGGAGCACUCCAAAGAGGAAGCGCCAGACCCUAGCCCCUGUGUGCAGGAGCCUUUACGUGAAGACCCCCCUCAGGUCGAGGAGAACAAUUAUGAGGUGACUGCUGAGGAGACACCAGAUAGAGGAAUCUGUGCUCGGGCCUUGUAUGAUUACCAGGCUGCGGACGAUACAGAGAUCUCCUUCGACCCUGAUGAGAUCAUCACCGGGAUCGAGAUGAUAGAUGAGGGAUGGUGGCGAGGCUACGGCCCCGACGGCCAUUUUGGAAUGUUCCCAGCCAACUACGUCGAGCUCGUGUAGGCGCGUCUAUUCCCCGGUAACACAGGGAACCUCCCACGAAGAGUCCUCCACUGAACAAGCUUCUCUACAUCACGGAGCAAUGAAAGGACAAUAAAGUAAAAGGCCUGGCCAUUUCAAGUAAUUCUCAUUUCAAGCUCUGAAGCAGGUACCUCCACCUCCACCACUUGACCUGUAAAUGUGAUGAGCCUUAGUAUGAAUCUUGAUCAUUUCUGAGCAUACGCAGCACUUGAGUCCACAUUCCUUUCAAAGUGACCUAUUUAUCUGGUGUCAUCGUAUUACUUGCUGUAGCAGCGGGGGUGGGGGAGGUAAUUCAAGAUGGUGGUACUAGUUUCGUUUCAAUCCUCUGUCUUGUUUCUUGCAUUUGUUCCCAGAAAACCAGAUGUACCUUUUCAUGUGACUUACCAUAAAUUAUGUCUAAAUUUCAAAGCUUUUUGAAGUGGAUGUUGUUAAAAUGGCACACUCAUGCUCUCUGGGAGGGUUGGCUUUGUGAUUAGGGAGACAGUCAGUUCAAGUUCCUUGGAGUGUGUUUUGUGUCUUUUUGGUCUCCAUUUCAAUGUACAGUAUUCAACAUUUCUGAGGUGUCCUAAAGUGAAAAUACAUCUAAAAAUAGCACCUUUUCCAUGAUGACUUUGUAACAUGUGAGAUGUGAGAGAGGAUGUAAGUACUAAAAAGCUUUUUGUGAUAUUUUAGAGAAAAAGAAAGUUGAGUUUGAUCUUGAAACAUUCUAGCUUUUCAGAGUAUCAUUCCUGAUCAGUUCCAGAUCGAUUUGGAAUAUAGUGUAAUGUGCCGUUCUAUGCCAGAGUCUAUUGUAAUCCAGCCUUUGUAAUAAAACAAAUAAAUCCC